GAAUAAGUCACGCAAACACGUCCUCAAGCUUUCGGAACGCACUUUGUUCUAAAUUCAAAUAAUUAUAUUUUAAAAAGUGAAUUAAAUAUUAUCGGGCAUUAUAGUCUAAUCAUAAACAACAACCAAUUAUGUGAUCUCGUAUUAAAAAAAUAUUAAGAUCUAUAAAUCCGUUCGAAUUUCAAUUGUUAGUAAUGAUUAAAAAAAUGUCAUAAGAUGCAUCAAAUAUAAUUGAUAGGUCGUACAAACAAGUUUGUAACAAGUAACGAUAGUGCGUAAGUGUUAAUAAAGUUAUCGAUAAGUAAUUACUACUUAUAACAAUUUAUUGUAAACAAUUUCCGUAGUAACUCAUUGAUAAAAUGCAUUUUAUAUUCAGAGCUGAUUUGAGUAUUUUACUGAUAAUGAAUUGUGUAUUGUGCGUGCGUAGUGACACUUUUCUAAAUCUACCCGCAUCCACCGAACAAUUGAACGAGUUGGCGAGCUCCGUGUGUUCAGAUAUGUUUUCGAAAAAUGCGAUGGUAACCAGGUGCAAGGAAUUGUUUUAUAGUCUUGGUGAACCACGAAUAAAGUCUCCAGCCGUUGAAAUAAAAUGUCAGUCGGAGAGAUCAGUUACAUUUGCGGUGCCGCCUUCACAACUAUGGAAGCUGAUUGUUGUGCUUGGUAAUGAACGGAGCCAAAAUAGUGUCAAUUACAACCUCAUGGAGCCGUCUGAAGAGAUUGGAACUAUUUUCAUCCCUCCAGGGAAUUUUACAUUUUGGUCAACAGCUUUGAGUAAAGAUGGAAGCAUAAACGGCUGGGAAAAGGGGCCAGAGAUCCAUCCUUGGGAGGAAAUUAAGAAAAACCUGGAGCACAGAGAAUAUAUUGUGAAUCCAAUAUUUUUGAUAGAAAACUAUACAAUUGGGACGUACUAUAUAAGUGCGGAACUAUCGUGGAACAAUUUUGAUUCCACGGAUUCUUGCUUCAGUAUCUUCAAUCGUUGCAGUGACAAUACACUUGGAACUGUGUUUAGAAAGAAAGUUUAUCCCAAUCAGAACCGGCGGGUGAUCGUAAGGGACUUGCCAUUGGACGACAAUUGCAUCGCAACAGUUGUUGGAAAGUUUGGCAUUACUGAAUUUCCGUAUAAGACUCCAUCUUGCGAUGAUUUGCCAGGCUGCGAACCAUCACCAGAUCUCGUGAAGCCGUUGACAUUGGAGGCAAUAGAAGACAGUCCGGACUCUUGGUCUGUGCGAGUGAGAUGGAGCUACCCCAAACAUCCACCAAGCUAUUACAACGUCACUCUUUAUGCAGACCAGUUUUAUACUGCCAACAUAACUGGGAAUUCUACGGAAGUCAUAUUCAAUGGCGUGCGCGGUACAGACAUGUACAGCGUGUCUGUGGACGCCAUCAACCCUCGCGGCAGGGCCGUCUCUAGCGAGACAGAAUUUUUUCCAGAGCGCUCGGAAAUGACGUCACUCAGGAUUGCGUACCUCGUGCUGUGGGUAUUAGCUUCAGUGGUGGUUGUGGUACUGGCGGCUAUGUUCAUCUGGUGGAGACGCCUCAAUGAAGACAGGCCGAACCUCUUCUUUCCGGAAAUGGGACAAAAGUUUUCAAAGGAUGGUGAAAUGGAUAUAUGCAGCGUGGAUUCCGCCUCGGAGGACCAAUGGGAGGUGAAACCUGAACGACUGCUGCUGCAUGAGAUCAUCGGGGAGGGAGCUUUCGGUGUCGUUAGAAGAGGAACACUCGCGCCAUUGAACAAAUACGUCGCUGUAAAAAUGUUGAAAGAUUUUCCUUCAGUGGAAGAGAUCAGGGCGUUUAGAGCGGAGAUGGAAAUGAUGAAGAGUGUUGGAGCACAUCCGCAUAUUGUCAGUUUGGUGGGCUGCUGCAGCGGCAGGAAACCUCUCAUAGUGGCUGAGUAUUGCAGCAAAGGAGAUCUACUAUCCUAUCUGAGAUCCUCAUGGGAUCUGAUGGCAUCUCGUCGUAACGCCAGAUAUUACAACAAUAAUAAAGAAGAGAGCAGUGAUGAACUCAAAUAUCAAGGCUCCUUGGUCAUAAACAGACUGUACGAUCUUCACGGUGUAUGCGACACAGAACUUACGCUGUUAGACUUGCUGUCGUACUGCAGACAGAUAGCUAUGGGCAUGGAGUUCCUGGCUUCUAACAGGGUGGUCCACAGAGACCUCGCCGCUAGAAACGUCCUCGUGUCCACUGAUGGCACGUUGAAGAUCGCAGACUUCGGACUGUCAAGAGACAUUUACCAAGAGAACCACUACAAGCAGAGGGGUAAUGGGAAGAUGCCUGUCAAGUGGAUGGCCUUGGAGUCUCUGACACACAGGAUAUAUACAACGCAGAGUGAUGUAUGGUCGUUCGGCGUGGUCAUGUGGGAGGUGGUUACUGUUGGUGCGACCCCUUACCCAGCGGUAGGAGUGUCGAGACUACCACGACUUCUACGCGCCGGGUAUCGCAUGCCCCGGCCAGCCAACUGCACACCCGCUCUAUACGAGGUCAUGUCCUCGUGCUGGAACGCGCGGCCCAGCUCUCGGCCCACCUUCACGGCGCUUCACCGCGCGCUAGACGAGAUGCUGUGUGCCAGUGCUCACCACUACCUCGACUUGUUGCUGCCCGACGAGUGCGAGCGAUUGUACCACGCCCCGUACGACUCGCGCUCGCAGCGACGGGACGGGACCGUGAACAUAGAACAUGCUACACGUAUACUGACGAAGGCUCUCCGAAUGAGCCGAAAGUAGUAAACCUACCAACGGAGAUAAAUCAGGAAAAUGGCCAUGGUCGCGACGCAAUCGUUCACACACGACCGACUGCUUAAGCAACACACAGUACAAACUUGCAAACACAGUAGCGACGGACUGAUC